AUAGCCAAUAGGAGCAGGGCGAGGGGUCCCGGGACUGGGAAGAAACGGCGGCCGGGAGGGGGCUCCGGGGACCAUGGGGCUUCUGACCAUUCUGAAGAAGAUGAAGCAGAAAGAGCGGGAGCUGCGUCUUCUCAUGCUAGGUCUGGACAAUGCUGGCAAAACCACCAUCCUCAAGAAGUUCAAUGGGGAGGACAUCGACACCAUCUCCCCGACACUGGGCUUCAACAUCAAGACCCUGGAGCACCGGGGAUUCAAGCUGAACAUCUGGGAUGUGGGUGGCCAGAAGUCCCUGCGGUCCUACUGGCGGAACUACUUCGAGAGCACCGAUGGCCUCAUCUGGGUGGUGGACAGUGCCGACCGCCAGCGCAUGCAGGACUGCCAGCGGGAGCUCCAGAGCCUUUUGGUGGAGGAGCGCUUGGCCGGGGCGACCCUCCUCAUCUUUGCCAACAAGCAAGACCUGCCCGGAGCGCUGUCCUCUAACACCAUCCGCGAGGCCCUGGAGCUGGACUCCAUCCGCAGCCACCACUGGUGCAUCCAGGGCUGCAGCGCCGUCACCGGGGAGAACCUGCUGUCCGGCAUCGACUGGCUCCUGGAUGACAUCUCCAGCCGCAUCUUCACGGCCGACUGAGUGGCUCCAGCUGCCCCCCCACCUCGCAGUCCAGGCCCCCCCCCCACCAGGCCCUCAGCAAGCACCAUCCAUGGCGGGUGGGAGUCCACCAGCCCGACUAACCUUCCUCGUCCUCCUCGAACCUACUGCUGCCACUGCUCCCCACGGCCAGCUGGCUCCCGUGGCGGGAGGCUGCCACCCCGGCUGUCACCCUGCCCCUGCCCCGGCUCACCUGCAGCCACUAUACCCAGAGGAGAGGGCUGGGGCCGGGAGGGGGCUGCCUCUGCUGCUCUCGAGGCUGUGGGCCUCGUCCUUUGCUCAGCUGUGAGAAUAAACCAUUCUUUGCCCCAA